AUGGCGGAAUCCAAACCCGGCCCAACGCAAGCUUCACCCGAUAAGGAAGUAAAGGCACCUAAUUUGAUUGAAAGAGCGAAGGAAGAGAUUGGAGCAAUAAUGCACACUGAAAAAUCACAUAACGAUCACAAGGAAACUCAUGGCAUGCGCACGGAUAUUGAUGAAAAGACCCCACUAGACAAUGUCAAAGCUCCAAAUAUGUUUGAACGAGCGAAGGAGGAGUUUGAGGCUAUAGUUGAAGCAAUCCAUCCCAAGACAGAGUCUCCCACUCAUGGCAAAAGGGAUGAAAAAAAGGAGUCGAAAAAACAGGAGAAAACCGACUCUCAAUCAGAAAAUAAUGCCAAGACAACUAAUUUUAUUGGGAAAGCGAAGGAGAAGAUUGGAACGAUCAUGCACCAUGAGAAGUCACCAAAGCAUCAUGAUAAAGAAACUCAUGACAAGUCACCAAAGCAUCAUACUAAAGAAACUCAUGGAACGAGUGAUGACAUAGAUGCGAGUAUCCCAAUCGAUUAUGUUAAGGCUCCGAAUGUUUUUGAAAGAGCAAAGGAGGAAAUUGAGGCUAUUGUCCAAUCGAUUCAUCCCAAGAAAAAAGAGAAAAAUCCAGUUUCUUCACCCAAGAAGGAAGGUGGACUGUGA